CAGCACAAUUUGUAACAUGCCAUAAUUUCCUCACCGGCGUGCGCGCGCGUCUCCCACCCCGGAGAUCAAAUGUCAUUGGCGGCCGCGGCCGGUCCGGCGGUUCGUUGCACUCCCGUGUUCCCGGAAGAUGCCAUCAUCAUCAUCAUCAUCAUCAGUGGCGGCGGCGGGAGCGGCGGCGCGGGUCUGCCGCGCCUCCACGAGCGCAUGAGCGGCGGCAGGACUGUGCGCGCGCGACGCUUCAGCCGUCGGUGCUGUCAUUGAAGAGGUAGUAACGGCGGAAACCAGGGUGCAAAGAUGAUGUGCGAGGUGAUGCCCACGAUCAGCGAGGACACGGCGCUGAGCCAGCGCGGCUCGCAGAGCGGCUCCUCCGACCCAGACUCCCACUUUGAGCAGCUGAUGGUCAACAUGCUGGAUGAGAGGGACCGCCUGCUGGAUACGUUGAGGGAGACCCAGGAGAGCCUGGGACUGGCCCAGCAGCAUCUUCAGGACGUCAUUUAUGACAGGGACUCGCUGCAGCGUCAGCUGAGCUCCGCCCUGCCACAGGAGUUUGCUGCACUGACCAAGGAGCUGAACGCCUGCAGGGAGCAGCUGCUGGAGAAAGAGGAGGAGAUCUCCGAGCUCAAAGCCGAGAGGAACAACACCAGGUUACUUCUGGAACAUCUGGAGUGCCUGGUAUCCAGACACGAGCGCUCGCUCCGGAUGACGGUGGUCAAGCGGCAGGCUCAGUCUCCAUCGGGGGUCUCCAGUGAGGUGGAAGUCCUCAAAGCUCUCAAGUCCCUGUUCGAACACCAUAAAGCCCUCGAUGAGAAGGUAAGAGAGAGGCUGCGAGUGUCACUGGAGAGAGUCUCUGCCUUGGAGGAGGAGCUAACUGCAGCGAAUCAGGAGAUUGUGGCCUUGCGAGAGCAAAAUGCUCACCUUCAGAGAAAAGUGGCAACUGGAGAUGGAGGGGAGGACCUGCUGGAGGGCAGCGAGGCUCAGCAGAAGGUGCACGGAAAGCGUCUGUCCAACGGCUCUCUGGAGUCGGCCCGAGAGGCGAGCCAGGUGGUGGAGCUGCAGGACCUGCUGGAGAAGCAGAACUACGAGCUGGCCCAGAUGAAGGAGCGCAUGUCCUCGCUGUCCUCCCGGGUCUCCGAGGUGGAGCAGGAGCUGGAGACCGCCCGCAAGGACCUCAUCAAGUCAGAGGAGAUGAACAACAAGUACCAGAGGGACAUCAAAGAGGCCAUGUGUCAGAAGGAGGACAUGGAGGAGCGGAUCGUCACUUUGGAAAAACGCUACCUGAGCGCCCAGCGAGAGUCCACCUCCGUCCACGACAUCAACGACAAACUGGAGAAUGAGCUGGCUAACAAAGAGGCCUUCCUCAGACAGAUGGAGGAGAAGAACAGGCAGCUGCAGGAGAGGCUGGAGCUUGCGGAGCAGAAGCUCCAGCAGACCAUGAGGAAGGCGGAGACUCUCCCGGAGGUGGAGGCAGAACUGGCCCAGAGGAUAGCUGCCCUAACAAAGGCGGAGGAGCGUCACGGGAGCAUCGAGGAGCGAAUGAGGCACUUGGAAUGCCAGCUGGAGGAGAAGAACCAGGAGCUGCUGAGGGCUCGACAGAGAGAAAAGAUGAACGAAGAGCACAACAAGCGGCUGUCGGACACCGUGGACCGGCUCCUCACAGAGUCCAACGAGCGUCUGCAGCUCCACCUCAAAGAGCGGAUGGCGGCCCUCGAGGAGAAGAAUAUGUUGAUACAAGACUCGGAUGGAUACAGGAAACAGUACGAGGAGUCGCUCCAAGAAAAAUCGCAUCUGGCAGAGGAGAUGGAGAAGCUGAGAGCAGAGCUGGACCAGUACAGGCUGAGGGCAGGCUCCCUCACUGAACCCACUCUGUCACGGUCUCAUCUGGACACGUCGGGGGAGCUUCGAUUCUCGAUGGGGUCUCUGGCUGAAACGCAGUCGGACCACUACCGCUCAGCCAAAGUCAUCCACCGACCCAGGAGAGGAAGAAUGGGUGUACGAGACGCGAAGGCCAAAUCGCUGGGGGAGCAUGAAUGGCGCUCCCAGCAGUUGGGCGUCCUGGGGGGCCACCCCUUCGAGAGCGACACGGAAAUGUCGGAUAUCGACGACGAUGACCGAGAAACCUUGUUCAGCUCCAUGGACCUGCUCUCCCCCAGCGGUCACUCUGACGCACAAACGCUGGCCAUGAUGCUGCAGGAGCAGCUGGACGCCAUCAACAAGGAGAUUCGGCUCAUCCAAGAGGAGAAGGAAUCCACCGAGCUGCGGGCGGAGGAGAUCGAGAACCGCGUGGCCAGCGUAAGCCUUGAAGGCCUCAACUUGGCCCGGAUGCACCAUCACGGGGUGUCCAUGACCGCCUCCGCCACCGCCUCCUCCCUGGCCUCCUCCUCCCCACCCAGCGGACACUCCACCCCUAAACUGGACCCGCGAAGCCCCGCCCGGGACAUGGAGCGCAUGGGAGUCAUGACGCUGCCCAGUGAUUUGAGGAAACACAGGAGGAAGAUCGCAGCGGUGGAGGAGGAUGGCCGAGAGGACAAGGCCACCAUCAAAUGUGAGACGUCGCCCCCCCCAACGCCACGCACCGUCCGAAUGACACACACACUGCCGGCCUCCUCGCACAACGACGCACGGGGAAUCGUAGCCUCCCUGGAGGCUGAUGCUAGUGCGCUAAGUAGUGUUGCCAGCAGCCAAGACUCCCUUCACAAGCAGCCGAAGAAGAAGGGUAUCAAAUCCUCUAUCGGACGGCUGUUUGGCAAGAAGGAGAAAGGCCGACUGGCACAUCUGGCGCACAGACAGGUCAUGGUGGAUCCCCAAGCCACUCUGAUGGACUCGGACGUGUCGGGCCAGGACAUGGGGGUGGGCAAGUUGGGGACUCAGGCUGAGAAGGACCGCAGAUUGAAAAAGAACGGACACGAGCUGCUGGAGGAGGCCAGGAGGAAAGGGUUACCUUUUGCUCAGUGGGACGGCCCCACAGUGGUCGCCUGGCUAGAGCUGUGGUUGGGGAUGCCAGCCUGGUACGUGGCAGCAUGCCGGGCCAACGUGAAGAGCGGCGCCAUCAUGUCGGCCCUCUCUGACACUGAGAUCCAGAGGGAGAUCGGGAUCAGCAACCCUCUUCACCGGCUCAAGCUCCGCCUUGCCAUACAAGAAAUGGUCUCCCUGACCAGCCCCUCCGCCCCGCCCACAACCAGAACCCCGUCAGGCAAUGUAUGGGUGACCCAUGAGGAGAUGGAGACUCUGGCAGCCCCCUCUAGAACGAAAUCUGACUCUGAAGAAGGAAGCUGGGCACAGACUCUCGCCUACGGAGACAUGAACCACGAGUGGAUUGGCAACGAGUGGCUGCCCAGUCUCGGACUACCUCAGUACCGCAGCUACUUCAUGGAGUGCUUGGUGGACGCUCGCAUGUUGGACCACCUGACCAAGAAGGACCUGAGGGUGCACCUGAAGAUGGUGGACAGCUUCCACAGAACAAGUUUACAGUACGGGAUCAUGUGUCUGAAGAAGCUCAACUACGACCGGAAAGAGCUGGAGAGACGCAGAGAACAUAGUCAGCAUGAGAUUAGAGAUGUGCUUGUGUGGAGCAACGAGCGGGUCAUCCGCUGGGUGCAGAGCAUAGGCCUGAGGGACUACGCCAACAUCCUACUGGAGAGCGGCGUGCACGGAGCUCUGGUCGCCUUGGAUGACAACUUUGACUACAGCAGCCUGGCACUGCUCCUCCAGAUCCCCAACCAAAACACUCAGGCACGUCAAAUCCUCGAGCGAGAGUACAAUAACCUGCUGGCGUUGGGCACCGACAGGAGGCUGGAUGAGUGCGAUGACAAAGACUUCCGGGGCCCGUCAUGGCGAAGGCAGUUCCCACCCCGGGACAUCCACGGCAUCAGCAUGAUGCCUGGGUCGGCAGAAACGCUCCCCGCAGGUUUCCGCCUCACGACGACGUCUGGCCACUCCCGAAGACUGCCCCCUGAGGUCCUCUAUGAGGUGCUGGACGACAGUCCUGAUGACAUGUAUUUGGACUGGUUUCAAGUUGGACCUUGUGCGGUGCAGCGGCUGGACACCACGGUGAGAACCUACUCCUGCUGAGAGGAGGAAGAGGGGGACCUUAAACUGUACGCUUUACAGUUCUGAAGGGGAGCCGGACCCGCCGAGGAUCAUAACAAUCUGAUGACAUGCACUGCCAAGAAGCCCCGCCCUCUCCUCUCGCCCUGCACCAGGCGCCGGUGCUAAACUGUCCUGCAGGCUGCCCCCCUGUGUCACCAUUUCUACCUUUUACAUGUACAGUAACUUGUCAAAGCAUAAUGUACUGUGUAUUUCUUCUACAGGAGAUGUGUAGGUUAUCUGUAAAAUAAUAUAAAUAUGCCAUUUUUAAUAUAUACACACAUAAAUGUAUUUAAAAAAAUUGUGCAAAAAAAAAUAGUCCCUUCCACCCCAUUUAGUGGACCAUAGAUGAAUAUAUGCUGCUCUUUAAACUAUAUUACCCUGUUCCUCCAGAUCAUUUUGUAUAUGGUUUUAUUUUUUCAUUUUAGUUAGUAGAGUCGUGGAUGUCGUGUGAAAAGCUGCCCUCUAGUGGUGCCUCAUUGAAGCACAGGCAAACUUCAUUUUCAUGAAACAAAACAACAAAAAAAAGGAGUUGAAGAGGACGAGUCGACGCAGCCAAGGACAACACAAGAGGCGCUGUUGCACAAACUUCCUCUCGGAGAACAAAACAAUAAAAGCAGUCCGCCGUCAUUUGUUGAACUGUCAGGAGACACAAAGUACACUUACAGCCAAGCUGGCCUUCUCUCCCACCCCCUCACAGAUGAAAUAACUGAAAGACAGACUGCUGUAGCUCAUAGUGAAGUGUAUCUGAUCAUGUUGAAGUGAGGUGACUUACAUUUUCCAGUCCUGCCAUCUGUCUUUGAGUUAUUUCCAGUCCAGGACAGUCUUUCGUUUGUUUUUACAUCGUCACUUUGCACGAACAAGGAAUCAUUUUGUUUCCAUUUAUUCUUUUUUUUUAUUUAUUACUUCUUGUACUUUGGUCUAAAAAUAUGUGGUGAGCAAACAAAUUUUCAUUGUCAAUAAAAAACAGAAAAGCU